AGCACACACAGGAAGAGAGGAAGAGAGAAAGCGGAAAACUUCAGCUGAUCUCCUCAUGGCUGUUCUUACGGUCUGAGGACUUCACCAUGACGCGCCAGGACUUCGUAUCAGUCAUCGGAGGAUCCGCGACGGCGUGGGUCUUUAGGUUUAGAGACUCAACGCGUAGUUUGUUUAUUUGCUACCGAGACGAACUUGCGCCGAAGCGAGCGCGCGCGUGUGUGCGGUGCGAGGAGACCAGCGCGCGGAGAUCAGCGCGGGCGCGCGUAGAGCCGCGAAAGGUCCGAGGCCGGCGCGCUUCUGCGAUCCGGACUUUAGGGUUCAAACUUCCCUCCUUUUCCUUUGUGCCGGGGGACGAGCGCAGGCCGGCGGCGCGCAGCAGCACCAGGCCGCGGGUUAAGACGCCCUGAGCGGGCGUUCGAGGGACGAGAGUGAUUUUACAGCACAAAAAUGGAUCCAAACUCGGCCUCUGCCGGUGCUCCCAAAAGCGGGAAAGACAAGGAGAAGAAAAGCAAGAAGAACUACGACGAUGGAGACGGAAAGAAGAAGUUUACUCUCAAACGGCUGAUUCCUGAUGAGCUGGAGCGCUUCACCAGCAUGCGGACGAAGAAGGAAAAGUCAGGCAUGGUGGGAAACAGACACUCGUCAGCCGCCCAGUAUGAAGUGCCGUCCCACAGUGCCUCGCUGAACGAGCUGCCAGAUGAGUCUGUGCUGGAGCUGUUUGAGCAGAUGCUGGUGGACAUGAAUCUGAACGAGGAGAAGCAGCGACCGCUGAGGCAGAAGGAUAUCAUCAUCAAGAGAGAGAUGGUGUCUCAGUACCUGCACACCUCCAACGCUGGGAAGAGUCAGAAGGAGAGCUCAAAGUCAGCGCUGAUGUACAUCCAGGAGCUGAGGACCGAUCUGAGAGACACACAGUUACUGAGCUGCCUGGAGUCUCUGCGUGUGUCGUUAAACAACAACCCCGUCAGUUGGGUCCAGACGUUUGGAGCCGAGGGUUUGGCUUUGCUUCUGACGUUCCUCAGGAAACUUCAAGACGAGAGAGAAGAACCUUUGAAUGCUGGGAUCGGUGUAAAAUGUCAACAUGAGAUCAUUCGAUGUCUCAAAGCGUUCAUGAACAACAAGCACGGCCUCAAAGCCAUGCUGACGUCAGAGGAAGGAAUCCCUCUCCUCGUCCGCUCCAUCAAUCCAAACGUCCCGCACAUGAUGGUGGAUGUAGUCAAACUGCUGUCUGCCAUCUGCAUCCUCGAGCAUCCAGGAAACACUCAUGAGCGAGUUCUGGAGUGCAUCACGGAGCAGGCUGAAGAGCAGGAGAUCGAGAGGUUCCAGCCGUUGCUGUCCGGCAUGCAUAAAAACUCCAUCACUCUCAAAGCCGGCUGCAUGCAGCUGAUCAACGCUCUCAUCAGUCGAGUGGAGGAGCUGGACUUCAGGAUCCACCUGAGAUCAGAGCUCAUGAGACUGGGACUCAGAGACCUGCUGAAGGAGGUGAGGUCGAUAGAGAACGAGGAGCUCAAGGUUCAGUUGCAGGUGUUUGAAGAGCAAUCUGAUGAAGACACCGAAGAUCUUCGCUCCAGGUUGGACGACGUCCGUCUCGAGAUGGAUGACGUGACCGAAGUCUUCCAGAUCUUGAUGAACACGGUGAAGGACUCCAAAGCCGAAGCCCUCUUUCUGUCUCUGAUGCAGCACCUGCUUCUGGUGCGAAACGACUACAUGGCCAGGCCUCAGUACUAUAAACUCAUCGAUGAGUGUACGGCUCAGAUCGUUCUGCACAGGAACGGCUGUGAUCCAGACUUUAAAUGCAGGAAGUUUGAUCUGGACGUGGGCCACCUGAUAGAUAACAUGGUUGAUCAGACCAAAGUGGAAAUCAGCGAAGCUAAGGCCACGGAGCUGGAAAAGAAGCUGGACGCAGAGUUGACGGCCCGUCACGAGCUGCAGGUGGAGCUCAAGAAGAUGGAGGCCGAUUAUGAGCAGAAGGUUCUGGAUCUGAGCACCGAGAAAGAGAAGCUGGGGAAAGAGAAGACUGACCAGGAGAAAGAGAACAAUGGCCUGCAGUCAGAAAUCGGCCAACUCAAAGAGAAGAUCGAGAACCUCUCAAAAGAUCUCAAAGAAGCCAAAGAGAAGGCCGCCCAAGUGCCUGUGGCUCCGCCUCCCGGCAAAUCAACUUCCUCUGUGCCGCCUCCACCUCGUCCUGGUGAGGCCUGCCUCCCUCCUCCUCCUCCUCCUCCUCCACCAGGACAGACGGGCAUGCCUCCGCCGCCGCCUCCUCCACCUCUCCCCGGAGGACCUGGACUGCCUCCGCCACCUCCACCGCCUCCUUUACCCGGAGCACCUGGCCUGCCUCCGCCCCCUCCGCCCCCACCUCUUCCCGGAGCGCCUGGUAUGCCGCCGCCCCCUCCUCCUCCACCUUUACCAGGCGCACCUGGAAUGCCACCUCCUCCGCCUCCUUUACCUGGAGCACCUGGUAUGCCUCCACCUCCGCCUCCUCCACCUGGGAUGCCCGGCAUGCCUCCUCCACCUCCUCCGAUGGGCGGUCCUGGGAUGCCUCCACCCCCUCCAGGCGGGUUUGGUGGAUGGGCGCCUCCUGUUCCUCAGCUGCCUUUCGGUCUCCAGCCUAAGAAAGACUACAAACCUGAGGUGCAGCUGAAGAGAGCCAACUGGAGCAAGAUCGCGCCAGAGGAUCUGUCUGAAGGCAGUUUCUGGGUGAAGGCCAAAGAGGAGCGCUUUGAGAACAAGGAGCUGUUUGCCAAACUCACCCUGACCUUCUCCACCCAGACCAAGACCUCUAAAGGUAAAAAAGAACAAGAAGCAUCAGAGGAUAAGAAGAAUGCUCAGAAGAAGAAGGUGAAGGAGCUGAAGGUGCUCGACUCCAAAACAUCCCAGAAUCUCUCUAUAUUCUUGGGUUCAAACAGAAUGCCUUAUGAAGAGAUGAAGAAUGUCAUCCUGGAGGUCAACGAGAAAGUUCUCAACGAAAACAUGGUGCAGAGUUUGCUGAAGCUGCUGCCGGAGCAGGAACAGAUGAACACAUUGUCGGAGAUGAAAGACGAGUACGAGGAGCUGGCCGAGUCCGAACAGUUUGGAGUUGUGAUCAGUUCAGUGAAGCGCCUGAAGCCCCGUCUGACCUCCAUCCUCUUCAGACUUCAGUUCGAGGAGCAGGUGAAUAACGUCAAGCCGGACGUGGUGGCCGUGACGGCCGCCUGCGAGGAGCUCCGGAAGAGCGAGAGCUUCUCCAAACUGCUGGAGAUCACACUGCUGCUGGGAAACUUCAUGAACGCAGGAUCGCGCAACGCCAAAGCUUUCGGCUUCAGCAUCAGUUACCUGUGCAAGUUGAGAGACACUAAAUCAGCCGAUCAGAAACAGACUCUGCUGCACUUCCUGGCGGAAACGUGUCAGGAGGAAUAUCCAGAGGUCAUGACCUUCCCAGAGGAGCUCAUCCACGUGGAGAAAGCCAGCAAAGUGUCGGCAGAGACGCUUCAGAAGAAUCUAGAUCAGAUGGGAAAACAGAUUAAAAACCUGGAGAAAGACAUUGAGACGUUCCCCCCUCCACAGAGCGACAAAGACAAAUUCGUGGAGAAAAUGACCAGUUUUGUAGCUACGGCUGGGGAGCAAUUUGAGAAGCUCAAGCUGAUGCAUGAGAACAUGGAGAAGCAGUACGAGGAUUUGGCCAAGUACUUUGUGUUCGACCCCAAGAAAAUGAGUCCAGAAGAGUUCUUCGGUGACCUCAACAACUUCAGGAACAUGUUCCAGCAAGCAGUGAAAGAGAACCAGAAACGGAAAGAAGCAGAGGAGAAGAUUCGUCGAGCCAAGCUGGCGCGAGAGAAGGCGGAAAAAGAGAAAGAGGAGAAACAGAAGAGAAUGAACGCUGGACAGAUUCCCAACAUCAACGAUGACGAUGAGACUGGCAUCAUGGAUGGUUUGUUGGAGGCACUGCAGUCUGGAGCUGCUUUCAGGAGGAAGAGAGCACCACGACAAGCAGCCAACAAUCGGAGAGGAGCCGGUCACGCCGUGACAAACAUUCUCGCCAAAGAGCUUCUUCAAGAGGACGCCCCGCCCAGUGCCACGAAAAAGACCCGAUUGGAAGAGGACAGGAAAGAGUCGUCUCCGGAAGAAACGGGCUCGCUGGAAGACCUCUUAGACGAUGCUCCUUUACGCUCAAAUUAAGGACUGAUUCUGCCGGUUACGACAGACUGUGUUUUAGGGACCAAGUUUGUGGGGGCGGGGCUCUCACUAAACCACACCCCCUCGAGUAAGCCCACGCUGCUUCCUAUUGGCCACCACACUGGAGGAGCGGCUUCAUCUCAUCACUUUCUUGCACUCGUUCUCUAAACACAAGGUUUCAUCCGUAUGUUAUUUCUGUUAUCAGCAUUUUUGCGAAGAAUCCAAAGAUCUGUAUAUAGAUACCAGAACAUUCCACAUUCAUCUGAACAUCCUCUUCUGGUUCCUUUUUAAAACGAACAUCUCUUCCUCUUUAACGUUUAGCUUUUUUGUUUUGCUCUUCAAAACGCAUCACAUGGCUGAAAUAAGUUACAUUAUUGUACUGGAAGCGCAAUGUGCCAAUAAUGUCCCUUCACGAAUACAUGUUCAGUUAAGUGUGCACUCGAGGUGUUCUCACUGAGGUUCUGUAGGCAUCGCAAGGAGGUCUGCUACCGGUUCACAACAUUGUUUCUGUUUUCCCGUGCUCUUGUGUUUCCGGGUGUUUCAUUCUGUCAUUUUAAGUGAAUGGUGGUGUUUGAAUCUCAAAAAUACUUGUAUUUUUCACUAGCUACGAUUCGUAAAACCACUGUCGUAUAAAUCAUCGCAUGGAAUUCAGUGAGACGAUUUAUGCUGGUUUUUAGAACCAAUCAAAUAUUAGUUAAAAAAAAAAAGGGGCAUAAGUCGUUCCAUUGAAUUAAAUGCAAUAAUCUACUUCACAGCUUCGUAAAUUUUCGUCGAAUUUUUCAUAAACGAAUUGGUCAGUUACGUGCGUGUUCGUAAAUGUCCGUGGUGUUUUUGUGUUCGUGCUAUAGAUGAUAUACCGUUUUCUGCACGAUGAAGAUUCAAACUGCUGAUACACACAUCAGAUCAUUUCCAGCCGCGUUUCAACAUCGCAAGAUAAAUCAUAAUUAAUUUGCUGUCAGAUACCGAGUGUAAAGUCACUGUGAACUGGGCAAAAGAAACAAUGACAGCAUUUAUUCCUCUAAUAAACGGUAAGAAUCUGAGGGACUGUAGCAGAGCACUUCUAUCAUUGGUGCUGAAAUAUCUGCACGUAGACUUAUUCAACUUUUUUUUAUUUUUUCAUUGCGGUCUUCGAAAGACGGUGAGCGAAUGUCUCUGCCUUUGUUGACCGAUCACCAGCAGAUACCGUUUAACCAGUCGACCGUUAAGAUUGUUCUUAAGUCUUAAACUGAGUUUGUGUCAGUGACACAGGGAUAUGACCUCAAGAGUUUCAGCUUUGCAAUACGGCUUACCUGAAUGUUGAUGUUGGCUGAAUGUUUGAGGGUAGAGAUCACUGUUUAAAGCCAUAACUCGGACUGCAUUCGUCAAGAAAUCCUGAGAACUUGUAUUCCGGUUUAAACUAUAUUGAAAUGUAUAUGCAUUUAUGUAAUGUGUGUUAAACGACGUCGAUGUUUCGGCAGUGACCCGGUCUCUACACGCUGCCUAGAAGCAAGUCUAAAAAGAGCUUGAGAACAUCCCGCUGGUUUUUUUUUUUGUUUGUUUGUUUUGUUAGUUUUUUUCUGGAAUUUUUGAAGCCAAAUUUCUGAUUUUGGAAAUUUUUGUGGACUGCAAUUUUGGACAACUUUGGAGCAGAUUCUGCUUCAAAACCAAUUGAUCGUACUGAUGGUUGUGCAAGUCAGCAGUUUCCCUUUCUUGAAAAAGCUGGUUAAAGAUCACUGGAAAAACAAAGAGACUGCGUUUUCUUUGUUUUGAUGUUUUUUUGUUUUUUUAAGAACACAGUUUUUCUCUGUCAAUUUUUAUUGUCGAUUGUUUUAUUGUAAUAAUAUAGAGAUUGUAUCGGUGAGAUCCAUUUGGUCAAAUUGUGUAUAUUGCGUUUUGACUAGAGAUGUUUAUUCUGGUUGUCUCUAAAACCAACAUCAUUAAAAUGUCAUCUUUAAUACUUAUUCCA